AUGCACUACUUUUUAACAUUCUUGAUAAUUGCCCUGUCUUUAAGACAAUUUUGCACCAACAGCCUCAAUGAUGAUUUGGUCGGUAGCCAUUUAUUAGAAGAGGAAUAUGACAUCGAUUUUCGCAGCUAUCCUUCAUAUGGUAGACCCAUUGACUCUUUUUCCGACUUCGAUAAGAGAUGGGAAACUGAUGAUUCUAAGGUGUUUGCAGUUGCGUGGGAAAAAGCUUGUUCGUCACCAAACUAUGUCGAUUUUCUGGUGCCGCACAGCAGAAGUUUUCUCUUGAAACCGUUGCGAUUUUCAGGUCCUUGCAAAUCCAAUGUAAAAGUGGAGAUUUCUGGAGUUAUCCUAGCAUCGGAUGAUCGCUCGGAUUACGCAGAAGACCAGAGGCAUUGGCUUAUUUUUGACAGGGUGGAAGAUUUAGUCAUCGAAGGUGGUGGAACUAUUAAUGGCAUUGGGGAUAUCUGGUGGAAAAAACUCCUGCAAGAUAAAUAA